AUUGUAGCAAUCCAAGCCGCCUCAGUUACUCAAGAAUGUGGAAAAUUCAACGAGGAGCAGUUUAAGAGUACCAAUAUUAUUGCGGAGCCCAACGAGCAUCCGUGGGUUGGCCGAAUCGAACAGAAGGAUAGCGAUGGGAAUAACCGCUUGCGCGGCACUGCCAUCCUUAUAGAUGCCCGACAUGUGGUGACAGCCGCUCAUUGCGUUUUAAAUAAACAUGGGCAGCCUAUUAUCGAAGUCAUUUUUGGUGACUCGGACUCCAGCAAUCGCUAUCUCAUCAGUUCGGUCACCAUCCAUCCGAAUUAUACAGAAAGCGAUCUUCGCUUUUACGACUUGGCCUUAAUAGAACUCACCAAAGAUGUUAAGUUCUCUGACUUUGUUCAACCCAUUUGCUUGCCAUCAGCUGAGGUUCCAAAGGCUGAACAAUCCAAUCCCGAUCUUAGAGUUGCGGGAUAUGAGGGACGCUCAGUCGGAAGAAGAGGGUCUGACACGACUAGGUUGGAUAACCGCAUUAAACAGACCUUCAAUAGAAUGGACAGCAAGGAGUGCCACAAGCUGCAGGAUCAUUUCCCCGAGGAGCUGAUCUGCGGCCAGACCGAGAAACCUCCAUUUUCGGGAUCUGCUUUGACAGAGGUUUCCGGAAACCCCAAGAAGUUUCACCUUAUUGGGAUUGCUGUCGUUGGCUUCAGCUCACACGAAAUGGAUUUCCAGGGGUACUUGGACAUUCGAUCCUUCCUAGAUUGGAUCCGAAGUGAGUCAUAAUCUUUAAAAAUAUCAAGGGUUUCAUUUUUGUGUAACCGGCUGUGAAAUUUUACAGAGAAUUAUCAAAAAAUAUACAUUUUCUCAUUGUUUCUGAUAAAUCUCCCAUUUCGAAGAUCCGCAUUCGAAUUAAAAUUCAUAAAAAGGUUUGAACAAAAAUGCCGUAUAAAUUAUAAUAAAUUUCGGGCAUUAUUUCUGUAUAUACUGUAUUGAUUAAUAAUAUCAAGUCGUAACUAAGUUUAUAAUAGAUCCCAUCUAGACCGAUCACGAUCGAAAAAAUUAUCCAGAUUUGUAUAAAUGUUCAACCCCACCUUGAUUGAAUCCAGAGGAAUACCUUUAAGUGAAAAAGUCACCCCAACUUUUCUCAUUAGAAACAAGAUUUUUAAUUUUUGGCUACCAAGCUGUGACUUCUGACAGGUUGAUUUAUAAAUAAAGAAGCAAAUUCUAGCGCCAA